AUGACCCCCCAACGUGGCUACUUCGCAAUCAGAAUUGUACCUCCCGGAGUCGCUAUUGUCGCACGUGACUCUACCUUGAGCUCGGUGAGCAUUCCACUCUAUGUCAUCCUCUCGCACACCUGGGAAGAAGACGAGGUCACCCUGCAAGAUGUUGCCAAUUCUUCUUGCGUCCUCAAGAAGGGUUUCGCCAAGGUCCGCGCCUGCUGUGCCCAAGCUCUCCGGGACGGGUUCACCUGGGUCUGGAUCGAUACGUGCUGCAUCGAUAAAUCCUCGAGUGCCGACCUUUCCGAAGCCACCAACUCCGUGUUCCGCUGGUAUCAAAAUGCGACCGUCUGCUACGUCUACCUGAGCGACCUGCCGGCCCAGAAGCCUGGCCGGUUGGACUACUUGGCAUUCAAGUCUACCAAGUGGUUCACGAGAGGCUUGACCCUCCAAGAGCUGCUUGCGCCAAGGCUUAUGGAAUUCUAUGACUGCGACUGGAACGAAGUUGGGACAAAGUGCUCUCUCGAGUACCUAUUACACAAAAAGACCGGAAUCCGACGUUAUGUCCUUUCGCACGAUCCCCCAAUAUCUUCGUUGCCCGUAGCUGAACGCAUAUCUUGGGCUUCGCCGAGGAAGACAACGCGCCAGGAGGACAUCGCGUACUGCCUCUUGGGCAUAUUUAACAUCCAUAUCCCGCUUCUGUACGGUGAAGGGGAUCGAGCUUUCGUCCGCCUCCAGCAAGAAAUCAUCCGCAAUUCGGAAGACAUGAGCAUUCUCCUUUGGACGCAGAUUCACCCACUGACAGAUCAUCGAUGGAUAUACCAAGGAGUGCUACUUGUGUAUCGAAGUCAAGUGCGUCGACCCGGAAAACGGACUGUACGUUAG